AUGCAAGACAUAAUCAUGUUAGACACAGCCACUCCCGAAGAUGAUGAACUCCUCUCCUUCACCACCCAAGAUGAUCUCGCACAAGCAGCAAGUACCCUCUGGAGCAAGGACGAGUGCCUAUUCAUCCACUUACAAGCCGAGCUAGCACUCGCCGUCGCCAGUCUACCCGUCGCGGCAGCACUUCCAGCAGAUGACGCAACCUACUACCUGAACUUUUGUCAGUUCUUCGAAGACAAAGAGAAAAGUUUCCCCAAAGCGGCCUCCAAACGUACCACUAGUAUCACUGCAAAAGGCCAGGAUGAAUACCUCCUGAAACGGAAUGAGCUAGUUUUGCCUGUUUUAUGGAAGACGCAGGUUCUGAUGAUAGCUGCGCUCAGGGCCGGCGGGUUCAAGCUAGUAAAAAGGUGGAAAGUUGCCCCCAAAGUCUUUGACGAGUACCGAAAGAUCCGUGAGAUGGUUGAAUAUGAUAAAAAAGUUCAAGACCCGAGAGAUUUCCCGGAGAUGUGGAGGUUCUUAGAUCGUGUCGUCCGCGAAAAGUUCCCCGAUUCGUGUGCCUCGGAAACCAAAAGUGGCAGCGCUGACGGGAGUGGCAUUGCUUCCGAAGUAGCCACCGACGGCAUUGCGUCUGAGAGCCUUGUGCGGGACGAUGCUAGCGGAGCCGACGCUCACACUGCCAAUGGUGCUGCACCGGCGAGCAACGAUCCACUUGUCGUAGGAACUACGCGGCCGACAACGGAGACAAUCGUAGAGCUAACCCAAGUCCCAGAUCUCGACAUCGCAUCAUCGCAGGUCCGCAAGCGCGACCGAACAAACCACGCCGUAGGCGGACUGGAGAAGCGUUUGGGCCCAGUCGAUUUCGCGAAGGAGACGGGAAGUAUCCAAUGUACAGCCUUUGUCAGCAGUAGCGGCAACCAGUGUGAGCGCAGGGCGAGGAGAGAAGUACUUGAAGAGGAGCGUUCGACAUGGACUUGCCAUCUUCAUUCGAAAACAGUAGAGACUACUGGUCAGGACAAGAAGAAGAGAAAGAAGGUGAUACCGAGCCAGGAAGACAAGAGCAAGUCCAAGGCAAGUGAGAAGCAUACCAGCCAGGCUGCAAAGUUGAUCGAAGAAGGAGAAGACGACGAUGACGACGACGGAGGACCACCUAGGAAACACAUUAAGUCAGCCUCGAAGUUGAAACCCCCUAAGGCUCGUUCUGCAACACGUGCCGGCAACGACCCGUGGGAUUAUGAAGAGCGUGCGAUAAUUGUUCGGGUGUGGAACAAGUGGAUAUGGCAGCAUGGACUGGCGUACUGGGAGAAGAACUUUACUGGCAUCCUUUGCGAGGCCUGCAACCAAGUGAACGAGCAUAGGUCUCAAUACCCAAACACGUAUGGUGGUCGUGAACCUCGAAAGGUCGAUGCAGUCCGGUCUCAAGUAACUAAAAAGCCUGUCGUUAUACAUUGGCGAGCCAAGGCCAAAUCGCUCAUGUCGCGGAUCAAAGACGACGAGGAGAUCGAGGAGACGGAGCUAAAGCCGGCAAAGGACCUGUUCAAGGUGGCAGACAUAGAGCCCGGGAAGAAGGAGCAGUAA